AUGUCGCCAUCUACAGUUCCACUCGGCCAAUACCUUUUCCGCAGGAUCAAGGAAUUGGGAACAGAGCACAUUCUUGGAGUUCCCGGUGACUUCAAUCUCACCCUGCUCGAUGAGAUCUACAAUGUUCCCGGGUUGAAGUGGAUAGGCUGUUGCAAUGAGCUCAACGGCGCCUAUGCCGCCGAUGGCUACACGCGGAUCAAGACAUCGCCAGCUGUGCUUGUGACGACUUACGCCGUGGGAGAGCUGUCCGCCAUGAACGGUGUUGGAGGUGCAUACGCGGAGCAUGCUGGGAUGAUUCAUCUAGUGGGCAUGCCAGCGAGACCCCUGCAGAAAGCCCGCGCCAUGCUUCAUCAUACCAUGGAGCCAAACAUGGAUCCUGCGAUCUACAUCCAGAUGGCUGCACCGAUUCGCAAGACUUACGCAUACUUGAUGGACGACAAGACCAUGGCCGAUGAAAUCGAUCGGGUUAUCGUUGCUUGUGUCCACAGCCGACUUCCGGUUUAUAUCUACGUGCCCACUGACGUCGUCUCGGUGCAGCUGGGUGCCAAACGGCUCGAGACACCGCUCGACACAGCGGUCCGAAAUUCAGACACCGCGUCUGAGGAUCGUCUCGUCAGUCUCAUUCUCUCAGAAAUCGAGAAAGCAUCCAACCCAUCGAUAUUGGCUGAUGUGCUAGCCCUGCGCCACGGAGGGCAAGAUUUAACGAGGAAAUUAGCAGAAUUGACGAAGUUCCCUAGUUACUCAACGCCCUUGUCGAAGGGAAUCAUCGACGAGGGCGCUCCAUACUUUAACGGCGUGUACAAUGGAAAGGUGUCGUUCCCGGGCGUUGCCGAAGGAGUUGAAGGCUCUGACCUGGUUUUGAACCUGGGCCCGCUUCUGUCAGAUUCAAACACAGGAGGGUUUACGAGAGAGAUCAAGGACGACAAUCUGGUUCGUCUUGGUCACGACUACUGUCAAGUGAAGGGAGAGCGAUUUGAUGACAUACACUUUCUACCUGUCCUCAAACGCAUUGUCUCCGAACUAGAAUCACAGCCUCAGAAGUACAAACUCCCCCGUCCUCAGAGCAAGGCACGUCUUGAACCCCCUGUCCUGAACAAUGCUACCUCCGGAGAGAUCAAGCAGUCCUACGUUUGGCAGCGGCUGGGCCGUUUCUUUAAGGAAAACGACAUCGUCUUGACCGAAUCUGGGACAGCUCAGUUCGGCACACCUGACGCCACGUUCCCAUCCAACGUCAAGUACAUCACCCAGAUCUUCUGGUCCUCGAUUGGUUAUACGGUGGGAUCGUGUCUCGGUGCCCUAGUUGCCGCCAAAGAACUUCAACACCCUGGACGUGUCGUUCUUGUGGUGGGCGAGGGAAGCUUGCAGAUGACUGUCCAAGAGAUCGGAACAUACAUCCGCUACGGCUUCAAGCCAAUUAUCUUUGUGAUCAACAACAAAGGUUAUUCCAUCGAGAGAGCCAUUCAUGGACCCAACCAAGAGUACAAUGACGUGAGCAUGAUGUGGGAUUACCAGAAGAUGCUGGAGUUCUUCGGAGCAACAGAAGAGAAAGGUAUCAAGGCAAGAAGCCAGGCAGCCAAGACAGUGGAGGAGCUCGAGACGAUCCUGAAAGAUGAAGAGUUCGGCAGCGGCAAAAGUAUCCAGCUUUGUGAAAUCCACAUGGACAAGUUCGAUUACCCUUGGAGACUGACCAAGCAGAUUGAGAUAACACGAGAGCGGAUGCGGAAGGCGGCGGAGGCUGCUGCUUCUUCCUGA